UUGUCAUUGGGAGGCUCAAGGCUAUGCCGGAUGGGUUGUUUGCUUCAAUACAGGUGGCGCACUGGCCAUUUGCCAAGAACUGGCAGCACCUCGCGCAGGACCCAAGGCAUGUCUUUCUGGAGGUUGGCGCCAACAACCACGAACUGGAGCGUGAUGAGCUGGAUUUGCUGCUGCAGGACCUGCCUGGUGGAUUCCUCAUAAGCUUCGAGCCCCUCUUGGACAAGUAUGGGUUCCUGCUGGCGUUCUCGAGUGCCGGGAACAAUGCGUCGGUGAACUUGGGGCUGCAGCACCGGAGGGGUAUGGUGCUGCCGUAUGCGGUCGACAGCUGCAGCGGGGACACCGCUGUGUUCCACGUGGCCCCGCUGGACGGCUGCAGCAGCCUCCGUGCCCCCACUUCAGAUUUCAAAACGCAGAACCGGGAGACCGGGCAGACGCCCGAGGGCAUGUCGUGGCCCAAGUGGGUGGAGGAUACUUGCUCUCGACUUCUGGAGCGGCGGGUGGUGCCGUGCAUAUCAUUGGCCACGGUGAUUGGUGAGUGGCUGGGCGGCCGUCACAUCGCGCGCAUCAAGGUGGAUGCACAGGGCAGCGACCUGGACGUGAUCAAGUCCGCAGGAACUUUCAUGAACCGGUUACGAUAUGUCUCUUUGGAGGUCCAGUCUCGGCUGGCUGCGCCACUGUACCACGGCCAGGCCUCCUGCGAGCAGGUGUUGCAGACCAUGCGGCACCUGGGCUUCCAGGUGGCAGACACCCGGAAGCUGGGCGCGGCAUGCAACAUGAGCGUGCCAGAGCUGGAUUUGGACUUUGUGCGCCGGGAGGUGGCAUUUCUGUGGCGCUCCUUCCACCGAGAGUACGCCUACUGCCGUGUCUUCUCGGCUUCUGGCGCUUGUGGAGGCCCGCACUGCCUGGCGCCUCAGAUCCCCGCACAGGUGAACCGGACCACGUGCGACAGCGUGCAGGACGAGCUGCUCUUUGAGCCGGUGGUUGGCAUGGCCCUCAUUGCGAUUGCCCCGGAGUGCACGGGAAACGUGCAAGUGGAGCGCAGUGAAGGCUUGGGUCUCGUGGUGCGCCUGCACCAGGGCGGCUUGAGAAAGCGGACUUGCCCGGUGAGGUCCAGUUUCAUUCCUUCUUUGCACGGUCCCAUGGUGCGAAUUCAGGUUGGGAGGGGCGGCGCCUUGCAUGGACGUCUGGUCAUCCUGCCAGGCAUCGUGAGCCCUGCAGUGCCCUUGUCCAACGCCAGUAUGGCAUUGACCCACUUCAUGGAUGCCACCAGCGACAUCGAUGUGGAGCUGCUCUGGCCAGAGCCCUGCAGUGCCCUGCGGAGCGAGUUUCGGCAACAGCUGACUUCGCAGUAUGCCAUGGAGACGCCCUUGGAGAAUUUCUGCGCUUUUGCCAAGUGAAGAGCCUCUGGCGUGGCAAGACCUCGGCAUGUGGAGGACUCCUUCAAACCCCAGGUGUUCCAGAACCAUUGCGCGCGAUCUCGGUCUUGGCGCCGGCCCUACGCUGAAGCUUCAGAACGUGCGCCGCAUGUUGCUCAACAUUGGCCAGACACCCAGCGUGCGACGCGGGAGAAGGAUAAAUGCAAAGGCAA